AGGGGAGUUGCCAUUUAACAGAUUGCCAAUGAUGUCAGAGGUGAGAGGAAAUUUUAUGGUAAUUCAGGUCCAGGGCUGUCUUAAAGGGAGCCAGGAGGUCCAUGGGAAGUCUCUCUGGGUUCUGUGGAGGAACUGAAAACAGGACGAGGAUCGGGCCCAGACUGGACUCUCUCAGAAUGAGGACUGUGGUGCUGCUCAUCUUUGCUUUUAGCUCAGCCUUGGCAAUAAGACAAAGAAGUGGAUUCACGCGUUAUCGGUCAUGGAACUCCCGCAUGUAUCCCGUGUGGCAGGACGGAGACCCCAGAUUCAGGAACUGCUGGUUUGGUGGGGAAGUGAGCUUUGAUUUGAAAAAUGAUGCCCCCACCCUGACAGGAGCAAAGGCGACCUUCACAAUCAACCUCAAUUUUCCACCAAACCAAACCACUCUGCCUGACGGACAGGUGGUGUGGGCGCGGAACUGCACCGUCGAAGGACGUGAGUAUCAGGAGGGCCAGGCUGUUUAUCCAGAGCAAGACCCUGCGUGGACCGGAGCGUUCCCCGACGGUUCACUCUAG